CACUCAUUGUUGUUUUUUCACAUUUAAAACUGCCCUCAGAAAACUGAACGAUACCAUCGACUUCGUGUUCCUGAAAAAUUCGUAUAGAUUUUUUUUUUAUUUCGUUAUUUCAAAAUAUGUUUAUUCGAGUGGGAAACGAGCUGCCUUAAUUGCUUUUGGGCUGACCUGUCAGUGGUAUUGAAGCCUUGUCUAUCAGUAGCUGGACCUGUCAAGUGCUCCCGGAUCUGAACACCUUUUCUCUUGAUGAUAAAAAUACUUGUCUAUUCAUUGAGCGGACAGAAGGCGCUUUUGCUAAUGGCAUUUACUUCUGGUUGUAUCCGUUCGUGGGAGUCCUCAUAUUGAUCGUGCUCACACCUGGAGAUUCAUUGUUUGACUUCAGUGUAACCUGUUUUUUAAAGAACCGGAAUGUCCAAACACCCUUCUCUCUCGAUGAAGAUGGAGGUUCCAUCAUACCAGGCAAAGCUGCUUUGUGAGUUGAAUGAACAGCGAAAACGGGAUUUUUUCUGCGACUGCAGCAUCAUUGUGGAGGGAAGGCUGUUCAAAGCACACCGCAAUGUGCUUUUUGCCAGCAGUGGCUAUUUCCGUGCCUUGCUUGUGCACUAUCUGCAGGAUACUGGGCAUGGGCACCGCCAUAGCACAGCUUCACUGGACAUUGUCACUUCCGACGCAUUCUCACACAUCUUAGAUUUUUUGUACUCUGGCAAGUUGGAUCUGAGCAGUGACAAUGUAAUUGAAAUAAUGUCCGCUGCCAGCUACCUGCAAAUGACUGAUGUGGUCAACUUCUGUAAAAGCUACAUCAGAUCUUCAUUGGAGAUAUGCAAUCGGCAGAGGGAAAAAGAGAGGGAAAGAGUGAGAGAAAGGGAGAGGGAAAGAGAGGGUUUGGCAGACAGUGGUACAGCUGGCUCCAUCACAGACAGCAACAGCAGUGCCACCUGUUGCCCAGAUGACAAUUCAUCAGUCCCUCCAGCUUUGUCCACGUUGUCAGGCCAGCAGCCCCAUAGCCGAGACUCUGAAAGUGAGAGCUCCAGGGGAGAGUUUCCUGGAUUUCAUCCUGUUGAUCUUGCAUUAAAAAACAUGACGUCAUCACAAACCGAGAAAGUCAAUUCUUCCUCUUCUCCUGUCCUUGGCCUUGCUAACCCUAAAACCGAGUUUGAUCCAGAUGAAGAGGGCGAAGAAUCCAUGGAGGACAAGGCAACAGCUUUAUUUCACGUCACCCCCACUGAUGAUGACAGACCUCACCCUUCUUUACAGCCUCCUGGCUCCGAUGCAUCUCUCCCAUAUGAUAACUAUCAUAUGAAGCAGUUCCUGGAGGUAUUGUUAAGAGGUGGGUCAAACCCAAGAAGGGAAGAACUUGUGCAGCACUUUGCUCAUAGUCUGGGAGGGGUUAGAGGAGGCACAGAGGAAAUUGGUGGGCUCCCAACACCUUCCAUCAUGGAAAUUCACAGUGACUGGUAUGGAGAAGACACUGGAGAUAGUCUGGUAGUACCAGUGAAGCUUCAUAAGUGCCCCUUUUGUCCAUACACAGCAAAGCAAAAGGGCAUCCUAAAGAGACACAUCCGAUGCCAUACUGGAGAGCGGCCCUAUCCUUGUGAGACAUGUGGCAAAAGAUUUACUAGACAAGAACAUCUACGAAGCCAUUCUCUUAGUGUACAUCGUUCUAAUUGGCCUAUUGUUUGUAAAGGUUGCCGGCGAACCUUUUCAGGUGUAGUAUCUCAUGGGUUAAAGCGGUUUGGCCUUUGCGAUGGAUGCACCUGUGUUACCACCACUCAUGAAGACCCCACUCCCAUCAAUCUCAGCCAGUCUGAAGGAGCAGAGCGUAGUGAUGGAGAUAGCGACUGGCCCAUUUACAUUGAGGAAUCGGAAGAAGCAGAACCUGGUGGCGGAGAAGAAAUAGAUGACAAGCAUGAGCUUCACAGACAGCUGUCAGAAAAUGAUGGGUUAAUGUAGCAACACAUACUGAUGGAGAGCGUGGGAUCAAUCAGUUAAGAGAAAUUAACUCAAAACUAUCCAGAAAUGAUGUUGUGUGGUAUCUUAAGGCUUUUUUGCAACAAUGCAGGAGAUCCUCCCUGAUUAAUAAGGUCUAUAAACCAAAUUAUAAAUGCAUGUCCACAUUUAACAGUAUUUUUUUUUAAUUUGAUGAUUGGCUUUAUAAAAUGCAAAUAGUAAAGUGGUAAUUAUUCAUAAUGCCAGUUCUUUGGAAUAACCAGCUACUCAGUCAAUGUAUUGUUAACGAAAUUUGUAAAUUUAAUUUUAUUCACUUUAUUCAUGCUCUUUAAUGAAGCUAAAUGCAAUUGGUUUUCAUCUUAUUUGUCUCUUGGUUAUUUUUUGAAUAACACAAAAAAUCAUGGUUAAAUGCUGUACAUACACCGAUUUUGGUAAUGUUAUUUUUUCCUGUUUAAAAUUUACCUCCACACUGUUAUUUCUGUUUAUUUAAGUCCUCUUUUCCCUGGUUUAAAAUUUUAAUCCUAUGAUUAUUUAUUUAUGUUAUCUCUUCCCAGCAGCUAGUGCCAGUAAGUAAAUCUAAAUCUGACAAACUUUGUCAACCUACACUUUCAAUAUAACAUUCCUCUAUCUGCUAUAUACAAUCCAGGGUUGUGUGGGCCAGAGUCAGUCAAGAGCUCUGUGAUAUCCUACACUUAACCCACUACAAAAAUACCACCUUUUAGUCCUUUUGGAGUUCCCAUUUUAGUUUAAUUAAGCACAGGCAAAUUAUUAUCUUAGUAAUAAAUGUACCAUUGAUAGUCUCUGGGGGACCAAGGUAGUACAGUAUCUGAUAAAACAUUUAGGGAAAUCUAGCAAUGAAAAAUUGUGUGAGACUCAGUUUAGCCAGAAUAACAGUCCCCAAGCUGUAGUGUAGGAUUAGCUCUGAAGGAGGACCCCAGUCCAGUUUGCUUGUCCACUGUAAAUCUAUGUGACUAGGAUAAAUAAAUAGUUACAGCCCAGCAAAGAAUCGGACAGUCCUUUUGCUGCUAAAUUAUCUGAACUGUUUGGGCUAGGCCAUUCUAGAAUUUAGCCAAGGAAGCUUGGCUAUAUGCAGAUUAAAUGAGAAUUUUCACUACAUUUCUACUUUUUUGCUUUGGAAUCAUUUUAAUAAUGUUGCUGAAAUAAAAGUAAAUGAAAUUGUAUUAACACUUUAUUCUUUACUCAGUAAAAUGUAUAAAACAUACAGUAUUAGUGAUCUAAAAUGUUCAUCUGUUUUGUUCUGUAACAACUUGUUUUAAAAUUUGGAGGGAAAAAGGAUGUAAAUAUUUGCUGCAAUAAUUGGAUUCCUUUUGGAUAUAGUUGCUUUCAGACGUCAACACGAGAUGUUUUAGAAGAUAGUUUAAGAUGUUCCAUUUGAUAAGCCUUUUGAACAAAUCUCUACAACAAAAAUGUUCCUUUGUCCAUUUUAAAAAUUAAUUUUGAAGCUAAUGUAAUGAUUACUGUUUUUGGAUAAAACUGAUUUCCAUUGAGAGUACAAAAACUGUGGUAACAUACACUAUUUUCUUAAAAAAACAAAAAAGGUAUAAGGCAAGAUAAUCUAAAUGUGCAUAUAAAACAUAAAUAAUAGCAAAAAAACUAAGUGUUAUUAAACUUUAAAAACUAGGAUUGUAAGUAUAUUUAUUGAUUUAUUUUUUAAAGAUGUAUUAUUAUGUAAUUUUAUCUGUUUUUAAUACACAGGCAAUUUUACCCCCAGAGGAAUGAAAACAGUUCAAGCUUGCAAAAAAUAUAUUUAUAUUGGAUUUUGGUGAUAGUUCCCCUUCCCCAAAUGAUCUUCUUCUGCCAUAUACAAUAAUGAAAAAUACAUUGCAUUUGUUUUCAGGGUACAAAACAUUUUUAGAACACAACUUUUACAAAAUAACAUGUUUCGCCUCUCUUUACAUUUUAGAAUUUAUCAUGCAUAAAUACAUUCUGGUUACAAGAUGUUGCAACAUUAUAAACAGACUGUCAUAUCUUAUACAAAAGAAGCUCAUUAAGCAUGUAUAUUUCUGCUCUAUGUUGUACACAGUUAGUAGAUGACCAAGGUGCAAAUGUAUCGUCAUAGGGGAUGAUCAGAGAAAGCACAAGAAAUGUGAAGACUGCAUAAAAAUCGUGUGGAUUACAUAAGUCCAGUUAGUCGUUCAUGAAAGAUGUACGUUUGCUGUUUUUCUGAUACAGCACUAAAACAUUAUUUUCUUAUAUUCAGUGACAUAAUCAUAGCGUUGCAGUGAUAAUGAUAUGUAUCAUUUUAGACUGCACCAAUGUGGAUUGGCCUAUCUCACUUGUGCAGUGGUUCUUAACCAUUCUGCUUUUUAAUCUGUUUGCUGUAAACCAGGUUGAAGACCAUUCCCAGAUAAUAUACUGAGUGACAAGUUAUUGUUGCAUUUCCCAAAAUGUGGAUUUGUUGAAUAAUAUAUUUCUGCAAGAUUUAUUUUAAUAUGUUAGGUCUCUAGCUUUCUAUUUAGUCAGAUUUCCUAUUUCAUUAUUUUGACCCAUCAUCGAUCCCCCCAUCACCCAUUCAUCAUCUUGUCAAUAAUUUUUUAAUAAUCAUAUUUAUGGGACUGUGCAAUGCAAGACAUAGUCUUCUGCUUUAAUUAUGAUGUAUAUUACUUUGAACACAUAUCUAUUUGCUUUGUACUAAUUAUAAUAAUGUUGUACCCAAUGAAAAGCUAUGACCUGUAGCUUAUUUCACUUGUUUGGUUAAGCUCAUCACUGUUUGGCUCUUAGCUCAAAUAAGAAGUAUUUUAUACUGUAUACUGCAGAAAACGAUUAUCAGAAAUUCACUUAAAAGCAAGUUAUAUUUUAUUAUAUUUAUAUGCAGAAAUGUUCUUAGAGCUGCAUGACAGGUAAACAAUGUGAAAGAUGCUUAUGUAGACUGGUAAAAUGUUUUUUAUAUUUGCUUAUAGUCGUAUAUCCUGAGUUACAGUUGUUAGAUUGAUGCUGUCUUGUAAGGUAGCAGCCAUCGACAUUGUUCAAAUCCAGCCUCCCGUUUCAGUAUAGCAGCUUUGCUGCUGCACAUUGCAGAAUACAGUCAAACCUCAUUCAGUCCUUCCCAGGAAAUGCAAGGUCGAUCACUGAAAUAUUGAUGGCCCUUUAUCCAUUUUAUUCUAACACCCUUGCUGCAAAGGUGCAAGAGUGUUUGCUCUUUCAGUUGCUACUUUUCAUGGCAAAUGUUAAAGUGUAUUCCUGUUUAUCUGUGGUUACUGAAAUAAAAUCUGAAUUUUGAAUAAAAACACAAGUAAAUGUAAUACCCCAGAACGUGGUUUAAUGUCAUCUCUGAAGCGAUUUAGGAAUGUCUAAGGCAGACACUUGCUAGCAACUGGCCUAGCAAAUAUUUACAUAAUAAUUUGUUUUCUAUGUAUGCAGCACCCGUGUCAUUGCAGAAAUCAUGUGAAAAUGAAGGUGCAUUUUACCUUCUACUAGGAAGAUGAAUAAUGGAGGCCUUAAACUUGCUGUGUCAACCAGACCUUUGCAGUUGUGAUGUGAUCGUUUUUUUUCCAAUACCGUGUUAUUCAUUUAACCCCAGAUUUUCCUCUUUUAGGAUUCUUUUUAAUCAUAGAUACAAAUAACAAUCUUAAUAUGGCACUGAAGAUGACAAAAUGAUUUUAACCAAAGCUACUUUCCAUGACUGAAAUUUAGUAAAUGUUAAUUGAACAUUAACAUUAAUUGAAAACAAAAUAUCCUUUAUUUCAAAACAUCAGCAUAUUUAAUACAUUAUAUGGUGUAAAGUUCAAUAUGGUAUGUGGUGAUGUAUCAUUACUUUUUGGUGUAUGUUUGUUUUAUAUUUUGUACAUUAUGAUUAUGGUAGACUUUGACAUAAGUGAAGUUAAACAGUGAAUGUAUGGAAUAAAUCUUUACAAUUUCUGUA